GAGAAAGGGGGAGAUUUGUGACAUCACAGAGACGGAGAGAGGUGGUGGAAAGCGAGUGGUUGGUGCAGACGUAGAAGAGAGAGGAGAGGAGCAGUUUCCAUCCCGCUCUGGGCGCAACCUCAUCCAUCAAUCCAUGGGAGCAGAGACAUUACCCUUUCCUCUAUAGUGGAGAUCAGUCUGAGUCCAUCUCCUGUGCGUAAAACACCGAGGACAGCCUGGAGUCAAGAAGUGCGCCAGGACGGAUCCGGAGAACACGGGUCUAUACCGACGGCAGAGGAAGUUUCUGCUCUGCCUGAUUGUUAUCGCCAGAGUGAUUUAGUCAUUUGGUUUGCUUGACUUUUGAUCUCCGUGGUUGGAGAGGAGAUGGGACACCGCCAGACCUGAGGACAUUUCUGGAUUGUGAGUGUACGGUUAGGCUACCGUGGACCGGAGAGAGAGAUGAAGUUCGGUAAGAAGAGCGUCUGUGUAUUGAACGUGGGGGGUACCCGGUACGCAUUCCCUGGCGAGGUGAUCCGUGAUUUCCCACUUCAGCGCGUGAGCCGCCUGCACGCCUGUGUCACGGAGAAGGAAGUCCUCGAGGUCUGCGACGACUACGACCAGGAUAGCAAUGAAUUCUUCUUCGACCGGCACGCGCAAGCCUUUGUCUUCAUUAUGCUCUACUUGCGCUCCGGAAAGCUCCGAUUCGUCCCGGGAGUGUGCGCGCUCUCCUUUUACAGCGAAAUGCUGUACUGGGGGCUUGGGAGCGCGCAUCUGGAGUUCUGUUGCCAGCGGAGACUAGACGACACGGGUUACUCCGAAGAGGACCUGAUUAUGCGCGCGGAGGACAACGAGUCCCGGAGCGAGGUGGAGGUGGAGAAAGGAUCAGGGUGGCUAGAGUGGAUGCGUCGGACCUUCGAGGAACCGGGGUCAUCGGUGGCGGCUCAACUCCUCGCUUUGCUGUCCGUCAUCUUCGUCAUCGUCUCCAUGGUGAUGCUGUGUAUGAGCACGCUGCCAGAUUGGAACACGGCAAAACACACCACAGUGGAAGAGCACAGGAUUGUGGAGGCGGUGUGUAUCGGUUGGUUCACAGCGGAGUGUGUGGUGCGUUUCCUCGUGGCUAAGGACAAGCUGGUCUUCCUGUGUCGGCCGCUGAACCUGAUUGACGUGGCGGCCAUCACACCUUACUACGUUUCCAUGGUGAUGCCAGGCGGAGCAGGGGGAUUGUCAGGCGUCGCCGGGGUAACCCUGAGGGUUCUGAGGAUGAUGCGUGUGUUCUGGCUGGUGAAGCUGGCCAGACACUUCCUGGGACUGCAGACUCUGGGGAUGACGCUACGCCGCUGUCGUCACGAGAUGGCCACCCUCGCCAUUUUCCUUACCGUUGCCACGGCAAUAUACAGCGCAUUGGCUCAGCUGCUGGAGCAUGGCCUCGACCCUGACCACCAUAACCUUGACGAUCGCAGUAACAGAGGAGGAGACUAUGCCAGCAUCCCAGCUGCCGCAUGGUGGGCUGUCAUCUCCAUGACGACCGUUGGUUACGGUGACGUUUACCCGGUAACGGUUGGUGGGCGCAUGCUGGGCGGGCUGUGUGUGGUCAGUGGCAUCGUUCUUCUGGCAUUGCCAAUCACCUUCAUCUACCACAGCUUUGUUCAGUGUUACAACGAACUGAAGCUCCGCUCCGCUAGGUACACACACACACAUGCACACUGAAUAUACAGACAGACGGACGGACGGACGGACGGACGGACGGACGGACGGACACACACACACACACACACACACACAUACCCUCUCAUAUUCUACAGCUUUGCCCAGCUGCCUAGUUGAACUGACCCCUUCGGCCCCUCCCCCUGAACAUGGAACUUUAAUGAACUAAUAGACUUUUGGACGUCCCUCGUGUCUCCACCAAUCCUGUGCCGCCAUCUGGAAGCAGGGUAGAUGACAGAAGACACACAAAGACCAUAAGUCCAUGUUUGCAUCAUAUCUCCAUGGAAACUACUUUCGCAGAGACAGCUUUUCCCAUUUGUGUAGGUUUCAGAAAUAAAAAAAGAGAGAGACAAAGAGAGGAUGAGAUGGCCUGACAGAGAUGAAAGAAACAGACAAAGACAGUCGGCAUGAGCUCAGCAUAAAAGAUCAACAGAGACUGUGUGCGUGUUUGUGUGUGUGAAUGCAUGUGUGAAUUUCUAUUGAUUUUCUCUUAGCAAACUACAAAGUGACAAAUUAUGUGUUUCUGGUCUCUAUGGGCAACAGGUUCCUCACCUAGUUCAGUUACUAUAUGACAGUCAAUCAUAGCUGUGACGCUACUGCUCGCACGCACACACACACACGCACACACACACACACACACGCACACACGCACGCACGCACGCACGCACGCACGCACGCACGCAGGCAGGCACGCACGCACGCACGCACGCACGCACACACACACACACACACACACACACACACACACACACACACACACACACACACACACACAGCAGGCUGUUCAGACCAUAAACUGUAGCUACAGAAUUGUUAACGAGAUGUGUGAUGCUCCCUACCCGUUACAGAUUGGAUAAUGGAAAGCCUCACAAAUAAUUUUUCAAUUAACCUGUUCUUGGAGAUAUUAUAAGGAAGAUACUUUUUUUGUUCUCGAUUCAGUAAAAAAUUUAUCUUAGAAAUGUCCGUGCCCAGUUUCAAGUGGUUCUCCAAAAAACAGAGAAUAUUCAGAAAGAAAGUAAAUCCACUUUUUGUAUCGAGUGAGAAAUGCCUCUUGCAUCUUUGUUUUGGUCGCAAUGUGUGAUUUGCUGAUGUACUUUUUAAAAAAGUAUUUAUUUAUUUCACCAGGUAGGCCAGUUGAGAACAGGUUCUCAUUUACAACUACACAUGGCCGCGACCGCAUCGCAUUAAAAACAACGAUUUCUUGCAAAGAUGUUGGGAAAUGCAAGAUGUCUGGCUGCUAAAAUGGUGAGGGAACUCCUCACUCGGUGCAAAACAUGAACUUAAUAUCUUUCUGAAUAUUCUCUGGUAAGACCAGGUUAGUUGAAAAAUUCCUUGCGAGGCUUUCCAUUAGCCAAUCUGUAACGGGUAUGGGGCAUCACAUAUCCCAUGAACAAUUGUGUAGCUUCAUAAACCAUAGUUUCAGACUGGACACAGGUUUGCAGAUCAUUGGCUGCCUGUGCCUGUGCGUCGCUGUGAUUCUGAGAGGAGAAAUAUGUGAACCAAACACACACACACUCCCUCUCAUCCCCCUGUUCAUCCCUCUCUCGCUUCCUCUCAUCCGUCUCCAUGCUCCCCCCACCCCUCAACCCUUAUGUAGCUGCACUGUUAUUAGUGCUUUAUGAUUGCAAUUACAAAUGCUUAUAAGUUGAACACUCAUUAAAUCAUCCAACUUUAUUGGCAAGCUAUUUACAGUUGAAGAACAUUCUUUGUUUUUGAUAGGAAGCAUAUCUAGGUGCACUUAUUUAUAUCCCAAUGUUUAAUUGACAGUUAGCCUAAUAAACAAAUGAUAAACCUUUAUAAAGAUAAUCUAAUUGUGAGGUUUUACCCUGUGUUCUUUGGUACUGUCACAGUUCCUUCCAGCAAUUGAAUGCCCUUUGAACGUUUGAAAAAAAUAUAGAUUUCCUAAAACUUAAUAGAAAACAAUUUUCCCAUCUCAAGAGGUAAAAAAGAAAGAAAAUAAAUACUA